AUGGCGAUUCCUCACAAGUGCUCUCUGUUUCACCAGAGAUUUCUUACCGGAGCCAAACCAGUUCUUACGCUUGAUGAUGAGUUCUUGACGAAACACACGAAAGUUUUGCUAAUAUCAGACGCGUCGGACAAAAUUUGGAAAGUGAAACUAGACGGAAACAGGGUCGCCGGCGGCUGGGAUGAGUUCGCCGUCGUUCAUGGUUUCAGAGACGGAGACAUAUUGGUUUUCAGACACGAUGGAGACGAGAUCUUUCAUGUCGCUGUGUCUCCUCGGUCCAGCUCAAGUGACAUAAGUCACCACGCUUCUCCUAGCUUUGUUGAUACAGACGAUGCUGAGACUGAUGAUGACUAUUCUGAUGAUGAUGAUGAUGAUGGGGAAGAGGAUGACGCAGGGGACAUGUUGGUGAACAAGAAUAAGAAGACAGAAGCAGAUUCUUGUUUCCUCAGAGCACGUGUAACACCUUAUAGCCUCAUCAAAGAUCGUUUGGAUCUUUCUAAAGAUUUCACGGUUAUGUCGUUUAAUAAGCACAACAAACCGUGUGAGAUAGAGUUAGUUAAUGAUAACGGAAGAAAAUGGACACUGCUUCUUUCAAAAAACAUCUCAAGUGGUGUGUUUUACAUCAGACGAGGCUGGGUUAACUUCUGCUCAGCUAAUGGGUUAAGUCAAGGUGACAUCUGCAAGUUCAAACUUUCAGAGAAUAGGGAAAGGCCUGUGCUUAGGCUGUGUCCACACGAGUCUGGUAAUGACCAUGAAGAAGAAGAAGAAGAGUGUCCUGAAGCAGAUGUAGUGAGGACUUCUUCUGUAGGAGGCUGCAUCAAAGACAAGAAUACUACUCCUUCUCAGUUUCUGACAAUAAAGUUGACACCAAACCGUUUACAGACCGGGCAGCUAUAUAUUUCAUCGGUUUUUGUAAAUGAGAGUGGCAUUAAGAAGUCUGGGGAGAUAACACUGUUGAACCAAGACGGUAGAAAGUGGCCAUCUUAUCUUCAGAUGACUGGACAAUGUGGAAGUGAAUGGUUUUAUCUGAGACAUGGCUGGAGAGAGAUGUGCAAAGCUAAUGGAGUCAAAGUAAAUGACUCGUUUGUGUUGGAGUUGGUAUGGGAAGAUGCUAACCCUAUGCUUAAGUUCUGCUCUAAGGUUGAAAACAAGCGAAAUGGAAAUGGAAGAGCUAGUAAGAAGAGAGCUUGUGAGACUCCAAUAGUAGAAACUGAGAGACGGAAGAGAGGACGACCUCGGCUUUCAAACAGACCCACCAAUAACUCAAGUAACUUGCAACGCACGCAACAAGAAUCUUGCUCAAUCUCUGAUCAAGUUGCGAACGUGAAGCUGAGCAUUCUAGAUACUCUGAACACUGUAAGACAGUUCCGCGUAGAGCUUGAAGCAAGGGAAAAGAAUCUUCAAGCUUCGUUACUCGAAGUUGACGCCUUAGAAGUUUUGGCCGCAGAUGCGGCCAUCUUUUCAUCAUGUGGUGGAUCUUUGCAGCUCGUGGCGGGUAAAGAUCUGGCUUCGGUGGCGGCUGAAGAUCUUCUGGCUUUGCAGCUCGUGGCAGCUGAAGAUCUUUUUGGCGAAAAGAUGGUUCUUAUAUCUCUUAUUUAA